AGUCUACCCUACAUUUUAUAAGCUGUAGCCGAGCACCUUAAACAUCUUGCAGUUAAAAGCUCAGAAUGUAGUUUUAAUGUCUUUAAAAAAAUCUAUAAUAAAGCACUGAACUUUUUAAAGGCAUUUUAGUUGUGUUUUUUAGCUGCACCUGUGCGUCCGUAAGUCAGCGGGACGGCUCUGUAGUAGCAGGAGCCUGCGCAGUAAGGCCGGGCAGCAGUUGGGUGCAGCUCAAGCAGAGAAGGAAGCGGUGUUUCCGGCUGUUUGAAGCGGAGGGAGAGGACUGCUGACGCCGCGACACCCCGACAUAAACGCCACCGGCUCUGGGGGACAGAGGAUUUCCAGCAUCGGUUUUGGUCGUUCUCGUUCGUAUCGGGGGGUCCGGGGGUCGGUUAUUGUUUUUUUUUUACAAGCCCAGGGGGGUCGGACUGCAAACCGAGCAAAGAAGCGGCGGGUGUGAGCCACCAGCUACCGGCAUGGCCAGGGACUACGAUUACCUCUUCAAGCUGCUCAUCAUCGGUGACAGCGGUAAGUCGACGCCGGGGAUGCGGGACGGGAAGUGGGCCGUGUCAUGUUUUCCUACAAGGUGGGGGAGAACAAAAACAGCUGCAUGUUGCCGUUGUGUUUGCACUUUGAGUCCAACUUGUGCUCGGGUAUUUGCGCAUGAAAAUGAUCGGUGAUUUCUACACGUCCGCCAUAUUUUUGGUGGCGUUGACAGGGCGGAGGUUGUGUGUCCGGGCGGUGCAUGUCAGCCGAUCAGGCCGGAUAUCGCCUCCAGACUUGCAGGGUCGGUCUCUCAAGAAUUUCUGGUUUUGCCUUUAUUUUUUCAAAUACAUUUAUUUUAGCAGAAUAAUCUUAAACACGCUGUGGCUGUAAAAACGACACAAGGACUUCCAUGUUCCCGUAAUUCGCCCUUUUUCCUCCAGUUAGCUCAGUUAGCUUGUUUGGUUAGUCAGCUAGUUAGCGCUGAAUAUUAGCUUAAGGUCAUGAGAUGCUUUUAUUCUGAUCAGCUAAUGUUUGUUUACAUGAAGUAAGGAUAGUGGCCUGUGUUUGCAGCACAGAGAGAGCAGUCUGGUGAGUCAGUUUAGUGAAAUGCAUCUUGCUGUUUUAGCUGUUUAGCAUGAAAAUGCUGCUGAACAGCGGAGGAAUCCUGAACUGCAGUCCGCGGUGGUCCACUUUACAAAGUUCACUCAUUCAGGUUGAACUCACUUUGUAGUAUCGACUGUGGGGUCAUUUCAUAGAUACUUAUCUCCUCCAAGAUUCCUUUAAAACACUGUCUGAUUUAUUAAACAUGAUUUUACAAUUACAGUUAACAUGAACUAUGUUUUAAAGAGACUCCAGCUUCACAAGUCCAGGAUAGGGCUGGGCGAUAUGGGAAAAAGUUUAUCACAAUACAUGUUUUUUAAUAUCAGUCGAUAUCGUACAACAGAGUACGAUACAGGGCAGAAAGCGGGACAUUUCUUCUUUGUGUACUAGCGAAGUCAACGAAGAAAAAGAAAAUGACACAUUAAGAAAAGAAGAAAUUUUAGACCUCGGAAUUACUUAGGUGAAUAAAGCCGUAUUAAAAUCAUUACUUACGAGCUUAAAGUUGAAAUAAAACGGUUACUUACUAGAAUAAAGUCAUAGUAAACUCAUUACUUACUAGAGUAAAGUUGUAGUAAAAUCAUAACUUUCUAGUAUAGAGUCGUAAUAAAAUCAUUACUUACGAGUAUAAAGUUGUUAUAAAAUCAUUUCUUAUGAGGAUAAAGUCGUAGCUAAUGUCUGUACUAACCUGUUGUUAGUUGUUUAAAUGAGCGCUGUGGAGCAUUUAAAUAAAUUGAACUUCAGUAGCUGGUUUCACUAACAAGGAGAUACUGAAUCCUUUGGCGUUUCAGCAUCACAUUGUCAUAAGUAUCAGGACAUAUGCAAGAAAUACAUCUUUUCAGCAGAAAGAAACUGGCAGACUUGUCAGGAAUCGCUGUUUUUGAGGAGGGGGAAAUGGUUGUGCAGAGGCUAAAUCCCUCAAUGCAGCUGUUUAUAGCAAUAGCAUAUGACUUUAGUUUAUCGUAUGAAUCUAUACGCCAUAAGGUGUUGGUGCCUCUGCAGGUGGAGGUUGCUGCCCGUGUUGUGCCGGCAUCGUUGGAGCUCGAUUCCCUCUGAAUCGCAAAUGUUGAUCAUCAGUUGGAUUGUUUCUUGAGAAACCACAAAAGCACUUUGAAUGUCCCACUGAUGCACCAACUGAUAACUCUGCAGUUGACCAGUUCAGACAUUUCCUCCUCCACAAAAGCAGCUUUAAGACUUCAUUUACAUUAUGACUUUAUUCUCGUAAAUUAUGAUUUUACUACGGCUUUAUUCUCGUAAGUAAUACAAUACAAUAAGCUACAAUAAGCUACUGCAUCUGUGAGGUCUUUAUUGCCCAGUCCUAGUCCAGGGGGUCGUGAAUCAGGACCAGGUCCAGUGUUUUGAAAAGGUGAAAACAGCAGUGUAGUUAACCUUUUUUGCAUCAAUAUUUUCAAAUGGAUUGUAGCUUUCACAAACAUUAAACUUUGCUUGUAUUAUUUCAUUUCAUCCUCUGAGAUAAUCUGGUCCAGAUCAGAGAAGCCUAAAGUUUGGAGGUUCAGGAUCAGGACCUGUUUUCGCAUGGUCUAGUCAAAAAAGUAGUGAAACCGUCCUUUCUUGCAUUAAUCAAACAGAAUAAUGAUUUCAUUAGUCUGAAAAUGUGUUUGAAAGAGCCUUUAGUUUCUCCAGAAUAAUUAAGGUUAGAUCUGACAAGACUAAAGUUUAGGAUUGAACAGGAUCGGGUUCAUUGUGGUCUUGACUCAAAAAGAAAUUGUGAUGUUACCCGUGUAUAACAUACUCACACAUCGUUGACGUUAACUGUGCGGAAGAGUUUAAAGUCUCAUGAAUAAUUAAGGCCGGUCCUGAGCAGCUGAGGUGUUGUGGUUCUGUUUAAGGAUGUGGUCAAACCAAGUUUUCACAGACCUGAAGGCGUGUUCUUCAAAUGAGAUGAUAAACUGUUAUCAGUAAAAUGACCCAGACUGUGUUUUAGAGAAACCGUAGUCUCUCAAUCUAGUCCUCAUCUGACAAGCACAGGUACAAUGGUUCUGGAUCAGGACCUUGUUUCUGUAAACUUCCCUGUAACAACCAAAUCAGAAGCUGUAAAUAAAAUCCUUAUUUCAAUGUUGUUGCAUUGAAAUCACAAAAACUUGUAAACAAUUCAGGAGCACAGUCCUUCUUAAAUGUUAAUUUUUAAAUACAUCUCUAUUCUCAAUCAUAGUAUGAAAGAAAUUUCUCUGUCGGAUUCUGCAAUCCCUGAAAAUCCAGAUUCUACCAGCCAAUCAGCCGGCUCCUCAAUCACAGCUCCUCUUCUCUGUUACCCACACAUAGGGACUAGUGUUCCCUCAAUUGAAGCAUGGCAGCACUGUACUGUCCCAUGGUGCCACACAGAGAUCAUUUAGGAAAGAUCAUCCCGACUGUGCUCUUUUGCAGCUGCAUGGAGACAGAUGUGCUGAAUCUGAUAAUCACACACAAAGACACACCAUGGCAGGGUUUGAGUAUGGAGUCUCAGUUCUGUCAUGUUUGUGACCAACUGAGCGUGAAACAACAAAAACACACUAGAGAUACUGAAAACGAGUGUUGUGGGUUGAGUCUCAGCCCAGGCUGUGCAGCAGGUUCAACACUAAACUUCUGGACGCCAGUGCUGACGCUCUCAUUUAUCUUCUUUAAGCUGAUUGUUCUGUUUCCCCAGAUUUCUCCCUUCCUGUCACUUGGCUGUUAUUUACGUCCUCUUGAAACCUUCAGUAUUGAUCCUCCAUGAUCAUUUUAAAAAAACGAGUACACAUGCUCAGUUUCAUGUCUGGCCUCUGUAUCUCAACACUGUUUUGUUUACACAGCUUCUCCUUCUGUUGUCCGUCUCCUAACCUCCUCUUGUUCUUGUGUUUCCUCCUCAGGAGUAGGGAAGAGCAGUCUCCUCCUGCGAUUUGCAGACAACACAUUUUCAGGUGCGGUUCCACCUCAGACACUGCAGCAUUAUUUUGUGAUAGUGAUAUCAUCCUUAAUCUUGGUCUCGACUUCAUUGUGUUUGUGAAUCUGUGUCUGCAGGUAGCUAUAUCACCACAAUCGGUGUUGAUUUUAAGAUCCGAACAGUCGAGAUCAACGGUGAGAAGGUGAAGCUGCAAAUCUGGGAUACAGCGGGACAGGAGCGCUUCCGCACAAUCACCUCCACGUAAGUUGAUCUGCAGACCUCUACACACACGGUUGAGCUUUUUCUGGGGGGGUGACGCUCUGUUUUUAUUUCAGCAACAGAAUCUGAGAGCGAGAAAGCCCCUUCAGAUCACGUAUGAGGCACUUUGCAGACUCAGUGAAUGAGUUGGUGCUGCUCAUUGAAACUGUGCGGAAAUCCCCCCCAGACUAAUUACUGAUGUUAGGGGGAGGCCCAUAAGAUGUGAGGUGACAGUGAGGGCUCUGUGUCUUGACCCUGUUUCGGUUUUAUUCCGUAGCACAUCUGUGUACCUUUUGGAUUUUAACCCGAACACCAAAAAUGGAGAAAUUCUGACGAAGUCUUUGAAAUAUCGCCAGAAACGAAAGUGAUCGCGAGACGACUCGAAACUUCAAAAGUAACUUUCGAUCGUGGUUUUGUUCUAACGGCAGGUGAGCCGAGAGGUUGUUGUUCAUUAUUAAAGACGUAACAAAAGUAAGAGACUGUAGAAAAACACAGAACGAAACAAGCUGCAUCAAACACUCAAAACGGAGACACUAAAAGAAACAUAACUACCAAUUAAAAACUGUGUCGGUCUGCACAGAUAUGAGAGACCUGUGUGUAUAAAGCACCGUUCUUUCUACCAGCAUGAGGAAAGUAACAGCGCAGUGGGCGUGUACCAUCAAACAUUUAUCAACUUUAUGCUUUUAGACUAAAAUUAAUGAUUUAUUCAGCAGAAAGGUGAUCAUAUAAAAAGAUUGAAAGAAAAUUUCUGAUCAGAUUUUUGAGGCUGAUUGAUUUCACCGUCCUUUCAUAAGCAGUUUUUUUCUCUUUUUAUCGAUCAACCAAUCACAGCCUCUGAAAGAGUGUCACACUCAGCCCUGCCUCCUUUCUUGCUCAGAGAUUCUCCUAGCUCGUUCUUGAAUCUCAUUAGACUGGGACUCCUCGCUUUCCUUUAAACACUUUUUAGUGUUUUUAUACAACACAAAGUCUAUCGUAAAAAGAUUUCUCUAACUCUGACUGCAGCCAUCUUGUCAGCUCAGAACUUUCUGACUUUGACAGAGGAAAUAUGCUGCACUUACGAUAUAAAUCGUCUCUGUCCAAACUGAGUGAGUUUGUCCUCAGAACGGUCAUGUUUUUUAGUUGAUAUUAGUCAGUGUUGCAUUCAGGACAAUCAGGACACCAGAUUUAUCCAGGAAAUUUGUGAUUAUCUGCAUUAAUGCUUAUUUCUCUGUAGUUUGCCUUCACUGUUUCAGUAGCCAGAACAGACACCGACUGUCCUCUGCAGACGGAAAGUGAUCUGCUCUGAAUACAUUUCACUGUGUAGCACUGUGUUGUUUUUAAUCUUGCAUUUGACAAAAUCCAUCAGUUAAAUGAGGCUAACUUAUAGAGGAAAAGUGCUGUACAUUGGUGUAUUUUAACGGGUAAAUAAUUGGCUCUGUAACAUAUCGUCACUAAGGUUUUUUGGAUAUCUGUCCAGCCAUCUGAAGUUAUUCGAACAGAAAAAAAGGUUAAUAUUGUGUUGAAAAUAAAUAAAAAAAGUUUAAUCAUUCAUAAAUCUGUUAUUACAUGCAUUUUAUGUUAAAAUACAAACGGUUUUGUAAGCGUGUGACAUGUUUUUACGGCUGUUUAAUUAAUUAGUCUAUCUCUAAUGUGAAAUUUAGCUUUUAAACUUUUUCUUUUCUUUCUUUUAAUAAGUUCAAACCAUUUACCUGAUCAGUCAUGAGAGCGAGGGAGCAGGACAGCAGCAUGCAUAUAUAAAUAUAUACUGUAUCUAUGCUAGGGUUACACCAGGGUUAAACAUGGACACUAACUGCAGGGUUGGCAGUUAUGUGUUUUUUUGUUUUUUUCUAUAUCUAACAGAUCUCAGUUUUUCCCCGAAUAAAAUCAUAUUUGGGAUUUUUUUCUUAAUUUUUCCGAUCGAUCGUGAGCGACUCUUGUUCGUUAUAUUGAGUGUAGCUCUGUGAUUCUGCACGUGAAAUGAAAAUCACUUUGGCAAAGAUAAUCAUCAUAUGAAUGGUCCCAUGCUUAUUGGGGAUCUGUUCAGUCAACACCAAAUCCCCACACUGUCACCGAGGCAAAAACACUGACACACAUACACACAGUUGUCUCGACAAAAGCUUCUUUGUGUCUGACCGGCGAGGGCAGCCUCACUGGGGAAUGGGGAUGCUCCCUCUCAGGGGCCUAACACACUGUUGGAAAAUUGGCCGUACUAUUCUGAUAUGGGGGUUUGUGUAGGACGGAUGAAGUUCUCGGCCGGUGGUCUAUCCUGUUACACAUGUUGUCAUUGUUGUAUAUUUUGUUUGUGUUAUUGUAGCGCUUAUAAAAUGGGAUAGCUCUGAUUUUCUGAAUUGGGUUGAUUGAGUUUUUUUGGAUGACGAGUCGAUGAAUUUCACAGGUGAUUUGGUGUGACACUCGCAUCUCUGUUUUGUGAAAUCCAAAUGCAAUAAAGAACGAUGAAGUACGUCCAUCUGUUCGCCUUUUAACCUCAUCAUGACAGAGUUGGUGCAGCAGGCCCAUAAUUAGAGCUCCACAAAUUCUCAUGACCAGAAUCAGCAAAGUUUCUGCUUGUUUGGCUCUGAUUGGUGACCUGCCAUUUCUCUCAAAUAUAGCCAAUCCUGUGCCAAUAUCAGAGUUACACACACACACACACACAGACACAGGCUGCACAGUGUGCAGAGUGACACAAACAUACACACACACACAAACUAACAAGUCAGCAGUGGGGAUGUGGGGUGUAUCAGCAGCAUUAUGUAAAAAUGCUCUUACUGUAACUGAUGAUUUAAUUCAUUUAUUAAAGACAUUUCCACCAUAAAUUAUAAAGAUAAAUAAAAAAUUAGGGCUGGGCAUAUGGCCUCAAAUCAAUAUAACGAUAUAUUGAUCAGUUCAACUUGAUAACGAUAAAUGGACGAUAACGAGCUCCACGAGCUGCUCACCCCCUCCGACAUUAACUUCGUCUACUUCAGCCGCUUUAACCGUCCUCCAUCUCUUCACCUUUCUUUCCCUCUUUGUUACAGACUGACGUAGGACAGUGUAUGAGACCAUAGCCUACCUAAACACAUCCAAAACCAAAUUUUAUCUAUUUAUUUUUUGGCACAGAAAAUACUAAUAUGGGCAAAAAGACGCUGGUUAUUGUCGUAAAUUUCGUUAUCAGUAAAUUUUUGGUUUAUCGGCCAGCCCUAGGGACAGAAACAUAGACACACAAACUAACAAUUCAGCAGUGAGGAUGUGGGGUGUAUCAGCAGCAAUUUACUGCUCUUACUGUAACUGAUGAUUUAAUUCAUUUAUUAAAGACAUUUCCACCACAAAUUAUAAAGAUAAAUAAGAAAUCAUCGUGCAUUUUUGAUUUGUCCAUCAACGUUGUAUUUUAGGGCUGUCAACGAAUAUUCUAAAUUCGAAUGUUUAAAAGAAAAACUAGUUAAAAUGUGAAAAUUAAUAUUCAAAUAAUAAACAGCAGGGAAAAAACUGAGUGGGGAAAAAAAGCAAAAAAAAAAACAGCGGAUGUUUUGCAAGUGAUCGAGCUUUAAUGACGGGUCAGGGACGAGUCACAGGAACUGCACAUGCAGUGAGACUCGACAAAAACCGUCCGUGGCACAUGCAGAGAGAGAUGGUGGGAGAGAGUGGUCUGGACUCCAACGAACUUUAGAAGCUCUGUUUGGAAAUUCUUCAGAUUUUGGGCAGACGCGGUAGACGGAAAAAAUUCUGAGAGAGAUAAAGUUAUAUGCAAGCUGUGUGAGCUAGAUAUUCAAAUAUGUUUGAACCUUUGUGUUAUUUUUAGGACGAAUAAUCGAACGUCAUAUUGACAGCCCUAUUGUUUUUACACAACACUUCAGCUGUGUGUUUUUAGACUUUAUCUUCAGAUCACAUGACCAAGUCUGUUUGAAUGCAGGCCUCUCUGUCUGCUCUGGUAAACCAUUAAUUUCUGUAUGUGUCUCACAGGUACUACAGGGGAACACACGGGGUCAUAGUGGUAUACGACGUCACGAGUGCAGAGUCCUUCGUCAACGUGAAACGAUGGCUACAUGAAAUCAACCAGAACUGUGACGAUGUGUGCCGAAUAUUAGGUGAGUAAAAACACAGAAAAACUCUCCUGUGGGUCUGUCAGUAAUGCUGAGAUGCUUGCUCUCAAUAAAGACAGGGCUCUUUAAGGUUCUUUGGUCCUGAAGGCAUCAUUAAGAUUAUUCAAGAUUAGUGGUUUUUCAGAGAGUGAGGAGACUUCAGGAUAGGAGCAGCCGGAGAAAAACAAACCAGAGAAUAUGAGCGAGAUUCUGCGACGUGUGGGGCAGAGAAGGAGGUUUUAGUGCAGGACGACAGCAUCCUCAAUCAGCUUUGAAGAUUUCCUCUGUUGUAGUUUGAGUGGAGGAUGUCAAAAAAAUCUCUUUGGGCUCUCAGCUCUCAAAUAUAGCACACACACACACACACACACACACAGACACCAUUAGUGACACAGUCAGUGACGUCUGCAGACUCGUCCAGCUGCUCUGAGGAGAAAAGGCUUUUAAAAAUACUUCCCGAAAAGAACUCGUACAUGGGCUUAAAACAAAAAGAUGAUGGAAGUAACACUCGAGCUCCUGUGGUCGUCAUCAGAGAUUUAAGUUUCCAAAAAGCCCAAAAAAGCCCAAAUCCUUCACCUCCACUUCGUGGUGCGAGUGGUUUUUUUGGCCUCUGAGAGUUUAAGAUGCAGAAUUUUGAGGGGAGGAUGAGACAAAGACAAGAGGGAACAUAUCCAAACUGAAACAAAAACGGUAAAUAAGUGACUCUUGCGUGGGCUGAAAAGCAAAGAUGAGUUAUCGGCUGGAGCUUAAUAUGUAUGAAAUCUUAUAAAGGAAAGAUAAAGAUAAACAGUAUAUUCUUUACAGAUAGAGAUGAAGAAAAACAGUGCAAAAAAGGAUGAAGUUCAUGAUAUUUAAAGUUGAAACACCUUUUUCAUAGAGAGAAGGAGGCUCACUCUUCUACACUUUCUCCUCACUCACUCCCGUUGAUUCACCUUUGACGUGUCUCCUGUUAUUUUCAGUGGGAAACAAAAACGACGAUCCCAACUCCAAAGUGGUCGAGACCACCGAUGCGCAGAAGUUUGCAGAGCAGAUGGGAAUCAACCUGUUUGAGACGAGUGCAAAAGAGAACAUCAACGUCGAAGAGGUAUCUGCUUGUUUCUUUGCUGUCGUCUCUCACUGUCGGCAGACAAAUGUGUCUGUGUGGAGGAGCAUGUCUGGUAUGCAGAGCAGCCACGUUGGAGACUAGAAUUAGACGACUCGUCUGGAUGCUCUGAAAUACCUGCUGAUCAGCAGACUCCCUUAUUUAUUGGAGGUUUGAUAUGAGGAACAUGCCUGAAAAAUCUCAGAAAUGCACAAAUUUUUGUCAUCAGCUCCCGUGCAAAUAUUUAAAGGGUCAGGUUUUCAGGUGGGUUGAAACAGUAAAUCUCACAAUUGUAAUGAUAUUUGUGAAGAACUUCUGUUUUAUUUUCAGCAACGUGAAUUCUGUCACACAUUUUUGUCCUGUCUAAAGUCAUCUGUACUCAUUCAGUUUACUAUAGUUUUAUUCUGGCAACGACAACAUUGAGUUCUAGUGGACCACUUUGUUUAGAAAGGCCAGAGUGAGACACGGACAAAUCUAGAAAAUGUCAAAGUUUUUAGUGAGCUAGCUUUCAGUCCCUGCAGACAAAACUCACUGUGUAACGACAGCAGCCUCACCAUUUCCUGGUCUGGAUUUCUUAGUCCACUGAUCUGAGUUUACGUCUGUAUUGAUUGUGCCAAAUAUUUAUGAAUUAGUGUGAAAUACCCUCAUUGGUUACUUUGAGAAUUCACAGGUUACUCAGAAUCAAGCUUCAAGUUUUAAGAGAUUUUCUUCACUCAGUUCAUGAGCUCCAGUCUCUCUCUGUCUGUCAAAAGCAGCAUUUUCUCAUCUCCUCACUGUCCCUCCUCAGCUUUUGCACACUGCUCCAUUUUUAUGCCUCAUUUUUAUGUUCUCAGGAGCAUCACUGCUAGAUUCAAAACUAGCUAACUAAAGGUCUGACAUUUCUUGAUCAUAAUCCACCCGUAUGCGAAAGACCCACUCCAAUGAAAAUCAUGUUUUCCUUGUUGUUUACAUGUUCGUAUGGCAUUUUUCUGAUGCUACAGGACGUAUCAUGAUAAAAAUAAGUGGGAAAUUGAAUUUCUGAGUAUUUCUGUAUUCAAAUCGCUGUGAAUCUCUGGCAGGUUCAGACUGAACUAUUGCGGAACAAGCGUGUUUGUUAGCACAUUGUAUUGCUCGUAAGAAAGCUAAUUAUGAUAUUAGCUUCAUGUCUGAGAGCUGAAUAGCUCCUAUGUUACCUGCUACUUCUGCUGCACAAGCAACGUUAGGCAGCAAGCACAACAUGAAGAGGAGUGUGCAGAGCAGCUCUGUCUCCACCCACGACUCAGAGGCGAAUUACUAAUGAUCUCCUGGAGCUCUGCUGAAGAAAAGCCUUUGAAAAUGACACAGGUAACAUGAUUUUAGCUAAAAAUCACAAUUUAAAGACCACUGAGGACACUUUUAGUAGUGAGAGAAAAUGAUCGGAGUGGGACUUUAAAGCAACGUCGGUCGCUGUAGAUCGCUGUCGCUGUCUCUUUUUUUCCUCUGAUAAGAAAAAACAAUCUAAAAUUACAAGGGCUUAUGGUGGGAGCUUCUAGAUUUUGUAUUUUGUCAAAAGAUAUAUUCGGCUUUAAUCCUUGUGAGCUCAAUGUCUGAUCGCUGCGGCUUUGUGUCAAACAGAUUCAUCUUCGUCUGAACAAGAACAUCGAAUUAUCACGACAAUAUCAGGACGUUUGCUCUGUGUCCAAAAUAACCAGAUGAACUUUCUCUACUCGUUUCGACUCAUGUGUUUUGUUUGUUUCUUCCCCUCUGCAGAUGUUCAACUGCAUCACAGAGCUAGUGCUAAGAGCCAAGAAGGAGGUGCUCGCCAAGCAGCAACAGCAGCAACAGAACGACGUGGUCAAACUCACCCGGAACAGUAAACGAAAGAAAAAAUGCUGCUAGCGACCUCCAAGCCACCCACAGGCCAGCGGCAUUUAUUCUUCACACAAGCAUACACACAAGAUGGGACUCAGAGCAUCUAAAUUAAAGAGCAGAUAAAGAUUUAAUAAAUAUACAGAGAAAGAGUUAAAAAAAAAAAUGGAAAAAAAUGUCUCCUUUGGACAUACUAAUCAUGAAGACUUAAAAAUGUACAGAUUUUUAUUUGACGCCAGAUCAAGUUUUAUUUGGAAUUCAGCAGAAGGGGCACUAUUGACCUGAAGUCCUUAACGGAUCUGCAAGCUGACUGCCAACCGCCGCAACGGUCCAAUUUCUACCCACAUAAUCCCCGUAUUUUUCAUCGCUCCUUCUCAUUCGACUGCACAUGGGACAUUUGAGAGUUGAGUCAGACUCUGCGCCUGGGGAGAAGGAGGGCUCACCUUUCCUGGAUUCACGCGUUAAUCUCCAGUUCGGUUUUUUUAACGGAGGGUGGGGCGUGUUUGGUUUGCAGGGAGGAGUUAUUUGAAGUGGACGUCUGAGUCAAGCUUCAUCGUUUCAGACACCCGCGCUCUCUCAGCUUAUGCCAAGACAAUAUGAACUUCAUGGUUUUGUUUUAUUUGAUGAAAUAGGGGAGGGGGAGGGAAGGGGUCAAACGAUUAUGUGAAUGAGGAUGAUGAUGAUGAUGAUGAUUGGUAGAUGACCUUUAGUAACUGAUGCAAUGGACAGAAAUGAUGACUUCUCGUGUUUUUUUUUUUGUGUGUCUAUAUUUUGCCAAGCUUUGCACCCUCUUCCUUCUAACAUCUAGUCAUGUGGAGCCACAUCGAUCCAUCUUCUCUUUUUCUUUUCUGUGUUUUUUUAUUUCUUUCUUUUUUAAAAAGUGCGGCAGAGAAGUUGAACCACUCCUGGAGACACUCUUGGACAUCAUGUUUAGAAAAACUCUGUGCGCAGAAGUCUUACGAUGUUUUCAGAGUUUGCUUUUAAUCCUUUUUUUUUUCCCAUCUUUUUUUUUUUUUUUUUAAUAUUCACACUGCCAAUAUCAUGAAGAGUUUAUCAAGAGCUCAGCGGCGUAUCUUCUUGUGGGACUUUUGCCGCAGCGGUCGCCGAUUUUGCCCAGAAGCAGGAAGAAUCAGGGGUCUCGCCGGACCCUGUUGGGAAGCGCUCAGGGCCGCCCUCCUUCUCCUCGCCCUGUAUCCUCUUCAUUUCCCCCCGCCACAUAUCAGCAUCUCUCAUGGCGACAGAUUCAUCCAGUGUGAAGAAACCCGCUCUGAAAGCUGGUCAUCUCCGGCCCGUAGCAGACGGCGGCGAAAGCAUGGGCGUGGAAGAGGCGAUGCCUGACAUGCAUCGAAGACGAUCAAUGUUUUACUGUAUUUCUCAGCUUGCAGAAUAUUCGUAACAGUUGACUAAUGUUCGAGUCUGAUGUCAUGUUAUCCAUUGCUUUUUCUGUGUUCCAACCCCACUCCCCCUCGGCUUGCUUCUCACCUGGAGUGUUACUGGACAGUGUUUUUAUGCAUCCAUGAUGAGUGUGACUGUUAACUUAAGAACAAACGGGGACGUAGUACAGCCCUAGAUUCCAGUGUUCAGGCCAGAGCUCCAUUUCUCCUCCUUGGAGAGGCAGAUGCUGAGACAUGAUACGAUGUCUAUGACUGACAGUUAUUUUCUUUUACGUUGAAUUGGGAGAGUAAUAAAUGAAGAGAGCUGCAAACGUUUUCACUCUUAAACUGUGGCGCCCGGUUUGGGAUCCUGAUAACAUGACCUCCAGGGGUCUAGGAAUGGUAUAAAAAACCUCACACAUUAUGAUUUCUAUUCAUCAUGUGUAUGUAUAUAUAAAUAUAUUUGUGUGUUUAUAUUCAGUAUAGAAAAUACACACAGAAGCACACCAGACUGUGCAUGUGUUGAACAUGCCCGUGUGCCGUGGUUAAAAACACACCCGUCAGCUGUGGUUUGCUGUACACUGGAGAAAAAGAGAUGUACUAUUCAUUUUCCCUACAUGAAUUAAAUCAGUAAUAAACGUUUUAAAGGAAUAAAUAUUUGACACAUAAUGACCUAUCUCUCUCUCUCAUGUGUCAGUGCUUUCAGGCUCGGUCUUAACCUUGUUUUAAACCUGUCUUUAAUUUUCUGCAAAUAAAAGUUGUAUGGGAGGAAGUGUGCACUGUUUCUGGGAGGUAUUUGCAGCUGCACGUCGGAGACUUCACUGAGAAGAAAGUUGAUCAUGUUGUAAGAGGGGAAAGCAGAAUAUUUUUCUGGAACAUUGUAAAAAAGAAAGUAAAAAAAUAAAUACUUUCAUUUUAAAAUUCAA